AUGACAUCUCUGUAUAAGAAAUUUGAUGGUGAUAAUGGGAGCAGUAAAUUAUCAGAAAAAUUAUGUCAACGACCAAAUACAACAAAGGAAUGCUAUGCUUCGGAGUCUUAUAUCGAAGGCUGGGAAAAUACGGGGUGGUUUUAUGAACCGAAAAUGAGAGUGUGCCUACCUUUCUUCACUCGGGAUGGCUGGCAUGUUUGCCCCCAAAACUAUAACGUGCCAAAUACCAGAGAAAUAUGCGAAUUCAAAUGCGGUCAAUCGUGUGAGAUGAUAAAUGGUUCUACGGGCAUUUGCAUGCACAGUGAAAUAUGCCAAGUAUAUUAUUACUCUCAGUACAGAUACCCCCAUUAUAGUUCAUGCGGUGAUAUGCGCAUAAAUUGCUGUCCACAAAUAACCGACAAGAGAUUGUUCCAAUAUAGUGAUCCUACGAAAGACCCUGAUGGUAUUCUUAUCAGUGCAAGACUCAAAACCAAUCAUCCAUCGAGCGCCCAACCAAUAUAUUAUAGCUACCAUCUUCCAAUUGUACAUUUGGAUGGAAAACUCUACAAGUAG